AUGUCAGCAGUCGAUAGGAAUGAGUUCGACACAUUCCUAACUGUUUGGUCAAAAGUGAGCUACUUUUUAAAUCAAAAUGAGCUAGUAACUUUAGGACUAGUUUCCAAAAAACUCCGUAAUGAAAUCGCGCUACCAAGACUGUUUAAUAGGAUUCAUAUAACCAAAAAUCCAAUAUUAAGAGUCACUGGUUGUUAUCUAGAUUGUAGUGCUACAUACAUCAGUGGGUUCCGAUCGGUUCAGAAAACCAAUGAUCAGAAUGACAUUUUUAUUUAUGACAGAAUAGAACAGUUUUUAUGUAUUCUCGAGGGCCGCAAACAUUUAAUUAAGGAAUUUAUUCUCGAUGACUCUGUUUUCGCAGAUAUUUAUGGAUCACGAGUAUUACUAAACCAAUUGAUAUCUACUAUUACCGGUAUAUCAACAAUUGAAAAAGUUUUAAUUAGGGAUCCCAUACUCUUAAAUGACGCUUUUGAGAAAAUUCAAGUGAUAGAAUCCUUGAAAUAUUUAGAGGUAUACAAUUUCAUCUUAUCUGCUUAUAAUAUCGGUAUGUCAAAUGUUACCAGCAUGAAAAUAAUGAUUAAUUCUGAAUUUGACUCUGAUUUUGUUAUUGACGAAAUAUUGAUGGAUAUAUUCGUCAAUCAAAUUAACACAUUAGAGAUUUCAAUUCAGGAUGAACAUAUUGAUUUUGUCGAAAUUUUGAAUUUACUUAAUAAGAACAAGAUUAUAUUUAAAAAAGUAAUUGAGUUAAAAUUGAAUUUCACUCAUACACAAAUCGAACAUGCAGGUAUAAUGGCACAAUCUAAAGGUGUUUGCAAUUAUUUUUCCCAAGCAUUUAGUAUACAGAAUAUUGAAAAAUUAGAAGUUGGUUUUUGUUGUCAUUUUAAUCAUUGUGAUUGUGUUGAUGAAUUCUUGAAUUACUUGGCACCUCAAAUGGGAAAAUUAAAAAGUGUUUCCUUAGAAGAUACGUUGCAUGAAAAUAAAGGUGAUAAUGCUCUUCAAGAACGGUUCGAUACUUCAGUUGGAAAGUUUUUAUUACAACUGCCGAACUAUGAAACUCAACUUAAAGAAUUAUGUAUAAAACAUGAUCCCCCAUUGAACGGGUUAGGUACUGAUACUGUUGAAGGUAACUAUUACAGAAGAAGAAAUUAUUAUGGAGGACUAUUACCCAAUUUUAAAUCUUUGGAAAAAUUAAUUAUACCAGGAAUGCUUCAGUCGAUUAGUUUAUAUGAAAUAAUAGUCUGUGAUUUACUUUGGAACGGAUGUACUUGUCCACAUUGUAAGAAAUACUUACCUUAUUUUGACGAAUACCUAAUGAACCAUCAAUAUUAUUCUAGAAUGACAGGUUCAUAUGAAGACAUCAUUCCUCCGGUUAUGUUUGGAUACGUAGGUGAUAUAUUAGAUCAACGGAAUCGUAAUGAAAUCGAUUGGGUUUUAAAUUGUUUCCGGUACAACCCUGUAAAUAUAACCUGGAAUUUCCAUGGAUACGAACAAAUUCAUCAUUUUGGCAAUUAUCAUUGCCAUUUUGAUGAAAAUCUAUUCCAAGCUUUGUUAAUAUGUGUCUCUCAUUUUUUCAAUGGUUAUAUGGAUCAUUUAGUGGAAUUUCUUCCAAACUUGAGAGUUGCAAUGCUAUCAGGUUUCUACUAUUCGAUUGCAGAUACAAAUAUUUAUUCAUAUAAUGGUAAGCAAUGUCGUUACAAAUGUAUCUACGACUGA